UCUGUGGCCGUGGGUCCCAUCGGCUCCUCGCUCCCCGUGGCGUAUUACCCCGUGGGACCGCUGUAUCCCCCGGGCUCGACGGUCCUCGUCGAAGGUGGCUUCGAUGCCGGCGCGAGGUUUGGGGUUGGCGGGACAGCCAGCAUCCCC